AUGAGGCCCCACAAUUAUGGGAGUCAGCUUAAAUGCCUGGGGCCGGAGACAUCUGUAGAAGCAGUCAAAACACUGUGCAGCCUGCCAUUGUUUUCUAUUUCAAAACGGAACUGGCCAGCGGGGGAGGAAAAAAAGAACCCACAACUCCUGUUAAACAUAAUUUCCGUCUUUAGUUUAGUCAGGAUACAGAGCACCAAUGUUAGUUUCAGACCCACACCACUUGAUUUUAGCUGCGAAUGGGCAACCACGUAUCGGUCACAUUUUACCCAAAAACACCCAGGGACCAUCUGGAUAUUAGCUAAUUUGUUGAUCUUUAUAUCAAUUAUGUUGUUGAUUUUUCUACUGCAGCUCAUCAACAGCUUUGAGGGUUUAUCUAGAGCUAAACAUGAGACCCUGUGCACCUCUAACGCCUGCUUCACCCUGCAUAUGAACAGGGUGAGCUUUGGGGAUGCCCGUCAGAGCUGUGUGGACAAUGGAGGUUAUCUGAUGACAGUCAGAGACAGAGAAGAAGAGGAUGUGCUGCGUUCACUUCUCUCACACAUCCAAAGACAACAUCACGACAGGGCACUUAAAUUUUGGAUUGGAUUAAAACUGCACAGCGGGGACUGCGUGUUACAUGACAAGAAUCUCAAGGGGUUUAAGUGGGUUUCUGGCGAGGAAGAUUCCCACUACUCCAACUGGGGAAAAGAACCUGACGCAACAUGCACAGCGGAGAGAUGUGUUCAUUAUACUUUAUCAGAUCAGAACCAACUGAAUUGGAUUGAUGGACCUUGCAAAAGGCAGUUUUUUUAUGCUUGCAAGUUUUACUUUAAGGGAAUGUGCAAACCGUUGGCUCUGUUGGGGCCUGGACAAAUAACCUACAUAGCGCCCUUCUCAGAUGAGCCACAGAGAAGUGAAAUGCAAUCAUUUCCACUCGGAACGUAUGCUGAAAUUGAAUGCAGUGACAAAGCACCUAAGUACUCUGUAUGCAACAGGAUUGGAGACAUUUAUCGUUGGAGUGUCCCUGGUCCAUUUUGCAAUACAGGAAAGCAAAACUGCACAAUAAACAAUGGCAGUGGUGACACCUGUGAGCAUCAGUGCGUAAUGGGGGAGUCAGGAUAUUCCUGCACAUGUCCUGAUGGUUUCAAACUGGAUGCAAACCAACGCAGCUGCUCUGACAUUGAUGAGUGCCAGUCACAAGUCUGUGGGCAUCAUUUCUGUUAUAAUACGCCUGGCAGUUACACGUGUGAGUGUAUAGACGGCUACGAAAUGGUCGACGGUAAGUGCAGUGAUAUGGAUGAGUGCGUGCAAUCAAGAUGCGAACACAGCUGCUUGAACAGUAUUGGAUCUUUCUCUUGUUACUGCAAUAAGGGGUUCAAUUUAUCCGAGGAUGGCCACUCGUGUGUAGACAUAAAUGAAUGCGUCAGUAAUCACUGUCAGUUCAAUUGUGUCAAUACGCUAGGCAGCUUCUUGUGCACAUGCCCGCAAGGCUUCCACAUGGAGACAAAUGGAUCAAGUUGCGCUCCAGAUAUGAAAGAGACAGCUGUUUCAUCAGACGGCCCAGCUGAGGAGGAAACACAAGAAAACUUAACAGAGUCUUUGACCAGAAACACUGUCGAGCUUCAACACCAGUCCCCCCACACUGAAGCACCGCUUCCACAACUGGUGAACGUCACGCACGGUAAUCCACAGAGCAACACAUCCUUGGUGACAAGUUUUGUCAGUACUGUUAAUUCCAGAGUGAUCAUCUGCGUCCUUGGUUCAGUCAUUCCUCUGCUGCUGCUGGUUGCAGUGACUCUGGCUAUUGCAAUUUUUCGAUGCAGUCGCUCUAAAAAAGAAGCCAAGAAAAAUACCUCCACGGAUCGCUACUGUUGGGUGUCCUCUGGUUUGGAUCCACGUUUAGAAAAACUAUAUGAGUCCAUCUUGACUGAUGAACCAUGACCUGAUAGCGAUGUAGAAGACCUGGGUUAUUGUGUUUAUUUAUGUAAUUUAUGUUCUUGCAACCUCG